ACAAGAGGUUAUUUGCUCUCUGGACGACAUCUUGCGAUUGGACAUGACAUGUAAUGACAUGUGCGGAAAACAAAACAUGACUGAAAGAUAGUAAACUUUAGGUUUUAAUAAUAUUCAAAAAUAUGUUAGAAAUUUAUAAAGACUUUACGAAUUCAUUAUAGACGAUGUUUAUGCGUCGGUUGAUGUCUAUAACCCUUAAAGGUAAUUAAAUUCUCAUAAAAUAUGAGACAUUGACAGUUCAUUCUCCCGCUUUAUUUUAGCGUUUUUGGCGGGAAUCAGUGCAAGAUUGGUUGUCAUCCUUUCUAGCUUUCCCUCUAUUGAGUGUUUUUGUUUUUACAGUUCCAAAAUUGAAUAAAAUGAACGCUGUUAGUAAGCGCCCAUUCACUGUGUUCGUCGAAGGCAACAUAGGAAGUGGAAAGACAACAUUUUUAGAACAUUUUUGCCAAUUUGAAGACAUAACUCUAUUGACAGAACCAGUGGAAGAGUGGCGUAAUCUCAAUGGAUGGAAUUUGUUGGAUUUAAUGUAUAAAGACCCUACAAAGUGGGCAAUGGCCUUUCAAUCCUAUGUUUCUUUGACUAUGUUAGACAUGCACUGUAAACUUACGCCUACGCCUGUGAAAUUGAUGGAGCGAUCGUUGUACAGUGCCAGAUAUUGUUUUGUAGAACAAAUGAUGAGAAAUGGAACACUUCACCCUGCACAGUUUGCUGUAUUAGAUGAAUGGUUUAGAUUCAUUCACCACAAUAUCCCCAUUGCCGCUGAUCUGAUAGUUUAUUUAAAAGCAACUCCAGCUGUUGCUUAUGAAAGAAUAAAGAAAAGAGCUCGAUCUGAGGAGCAGUGUGUGCCACUGUCAUAUUUAGAAAGUUUACAUAAGUUACAUGAAGACUGGCUGGUACACAGAACACUAGGGGAAUGCCCUGCACCGGUAUUAGUUUUGGAUGCAGAUCUUGACCUGUCCCAAAUAACAGAAGAGUAUAAGAAGAGUGAACACCAAAUAUUGAGACAUGCUGUAGACGUGGUGAUGAGAUCACCUAACAAACUUAGCCCUAAGAAACCAGUGACUGGAUCUCCUAUAAAAAUUGUUCCAAAAAUUAGAUUAUAAUAUAUAUAAUGACAAAAGUUGAUGAAAAAUUGUAUUGACUUCUACGUUCAUAGACCAAUGUGAUUAGAGUAUUGUUUUAUAACAUUUUUAAUUAUUGAUGUGACUGUCACAUACCAAAAGGUACAAAUCUUCUUAGUACAUACAUACUAUGUAAUGUUUCAUGUAUUAUUUAAAAUUCAUAAAGCAUGUACUA